AUGAAAUUUCUGAUAUUCUCUAGAUCGGGAGGAUUCAAUCCCGCGUCUACCUCGAGAAGCACUACAUCGCCCCCAGAACAGUGUCCCGGAGCACACAACGAUCCACAACAGUACACAGAUGCAGAACAACAACGGUUCAACAAAAUGAAUGGACAAAGAAAUAACAUGUCCUCAUCUAAACCGUUUCCACUUCUCCAUCUACCCAGAUUGCCUCUGUUCAAUGUUUUCAACUGCCUCGGAGUUCAGGAACAAUUCUAUCUCUCGUUCUGCUCAAAAAAAUCAAAAUAUGCUAUCAAGUUCUACACCGAUAGACAGAAGUACUCAGUGACUUUUUAUUUUGAGGAAACCUUUGCGUUCUCCCUGAAAACCACAAAUAGUAAAUUCCUGCUAGACAUCCAAACUCACACACCGAUUUUUGGAUCAAUUUGGACGUUUUUGAGGAGAGUUGAAAAUGAAGCCCCGACAAAUGAGAAACGACUUUUAUUAUUUUUGGUGUACGUGUUUAAUACUCCUGAAAUUUGUCUAGUUUUUGAUGGGAGAAGUCAUCAGUUUGUGAAAGGAUUCAUUAACUUCAUUCAUUCACUGAAGAUGAAUAUCCAAACUUUGAAGAUCAACUCUAUGAGUGAUAAAACCGGGGAAUUUGUUUUGGACAAUUGUAGAGACGUUUCUGAAGUUCUUCUGGAAUGCUUCACGACUACAAGAUUCGAGUAUCUGAACAAGUCUUUGAUCCCGAAGUUCAGUUUUGAUAAGCUCACAAUUAACUAUGCAAAUUGGGUGACCACAAGGCACUUAUCCAAUUUAUUCAUUAAUUGCAAACAUGUCAUAUUAUAUGGAUGCAGCCCACAAAAGCUUGAAAUUCAGCAAUUCAUCAAAAAAUGGAUUUACGGAUGUUCUCAAUUAACCUACGCAAGUCUGGCAUUUAAUUAUGUUGACUUUUUCUGGAAUGAUAUUAUGAGAGAGGUACCAUCUACAAUCGUGCCGAUUGAAGAGAUGGGGGAGGCAUUCUUCACCAACACAGUUUAUCGCAUCAAACAAGAAAAAACUGGAGUGCAAGCAUAUGUUAUUAUGAAAAAUGAUCGUACUAUUGUGAUUACUGAUUCUCUGAAUUUGUUUUAA